GCUUCAAACUCUGGGCCUUUUCUGAUGGCUGCAGUUUCCCCUGGAAGCUGCAGAAAUCCAGCAUUUAUUAACUGUCUUACAGUAAUUAAUACACACAGAAAGCUUAACCAAAAGGAUGUGGUUGAGCACCAGUGUUGCAGAAAUAAAUACGGCACCGAAAGAAGGUUUGGUUCUGUGACUGGCUCUCACGUAAUCUUUUCUUCGUGCAAUCGUAUCUACCCGCACAGGCAGUCAAGCAAUCAUCAGCAAAGAUGCCUCUUUUUUCAGGGACAAAGAAAUACUGCUUAUAGUAUAGUUUGGCCAGCCACUGUUUCUCCAGCUCACCCGGUUCCUAAGCACAUAAAGAAGCCAGACUAUGUGACGACAGGCGUUGUACCAGACUGGGGAGACGACAUAGAAAUUAAGAAUGAAGAUCAGAUUCAAGGGCUUCGUCAAGCUUGUCAAUUGGCCCGUCAUGUCCUGCUUCUGGCUGGAAAGAGCUUAAAGGUUGGCAUGACAACAGAAGAAAUAGAUUCUAUUGUUCAUCAUGAAAUAAUCAAACAGAAUGCCUAUCCAUCACCUCUGGGCUAUGGAGGUUUUCCAAAAUCUGUUUGUACUUCUGUAAACAACGUGGUAUGUCAUGGUAUUCCUGACAGUCGACCUCUUCAGGACGGAGAUAUUAUCAACAUUGAUGUCACGGUGUAUUACAAUGGCUACCAUGGUGACACUUCUGAAACCUUUUUGGUGGGCAAUGUGGAUAAAUCUGGUCAAAAGUUAGUGGAGAUUGCCAGGAAAUGUAGAGAUGAAGCAAUUGCAGCUUGCAGACCAGGGGCUCCCAUCUCUGUAAUUGGAAACACAAUCAGCUACGUAGCACAGCGGGGUGGCUUCCAGGUCUGCCCCUCCUUCGUCGGCCACGGCAUCGGGUCGUACUUCCACGGGCACCCCGAGGUGUGGCACCACGCCAAUGACAGUGUUUUGUUAAUGGAAGAAGGAAUGGCGUUCACAAUAGAGCCCAUAAUAAUGGAAGGAUCCCCCGAAUUUAAGAUUCUGAAGGAUAAAUGGACGGCAGUUUCUGUGGACAAUAAAAGAUCAGCACAGUUUGAACAUACCAUUGUGAUUACCUCAGAGGGAGCAGAAGUCCUCUCUAAACUGGUGGAAGAAGCCUAAAGAUGGAGCAAGGAGUGGAGGAACUCGCUGUGCUUCUGGGAGUUCCAGUUUCCCUCAGGAAAGAGAGGAGUUUUCUGUAAUUUCUGUGGGGAAUGGGUGCUGCAUAAGUCACUGCAGGGGACAGAAAAAGAACUUAAGGGGUCGGUACUGGACAUAGUCCUUUCUGUGUGUUACCUCGUGAGUAAUAGAAGUCCCUUGGCUUUUUUGUGA